AUGACUGCCAUCCGGCUACGAGAAUUUAUUGACCGCCACCCAGGGAUCCCACCCAGUAUAUUCAUUGCUCAUCAAGGAAAGGACCUCCAUGGCUAUUACCCUGGGCAGCUUGCAAGAGUUCAUUAUGCUUAUAGUGUGAAGAGAUCUCCCAGACCUCUCAUAGACUUGGAAAUUCCACCUAAGAGAAAAAGUCAGUAUAAGCCUCAAUUAGACCAACAAACUCUUAUUCAAUACAUUUGUUUUCGAAGACAUUCAAAGCCUGCCGAACCAUGGUAUAAAGAAACUACGUACCAAAGAGACUAUUCUUUGCCAUUUUACAAGAUGGAUUGGGACCAGAAAUUAGCCACAGUUUCAUCGGAUCCUAGACCACUUAAUUCACUGCCAGAGCAUUACUGUUGUGAAGAGAGGUGGCUUUGA